AUUGUCCGCCCGGCGUCAAAGUUGAGGCGUAUUCUAAAAGGGUCUGGGCCCGUCCAUGUCAAAACUUGCGCCUCCUAAACAUUUGCCUCUUCCUCAGCAUCGAACUGUUGGAAAUUUGAAAAAGCCAGCCCCUCUCCAUAGCCCUGUAUAUCAACAGCGCUGGUGCCACAAUGCUUGCCCUUCUAAAGGUUGCCAGCAUGGAGCACCGCACGACGCUCCGUCAUGGUCGUCGACUAGGAUCCGAACAAGAUUGAAGCACAUCGCUGGUACUGGGAAACAAACUUCAAGACCCUGAUGAAACCUAUGCCCGCCCACCGUCCAGCCCUCGCUACCGUUGCCUCCGCCCCUCACAUCUUCUGCCGGCCCAUGGACCCUUCCCCCGCACCGUUAGUGUAUAUCAACGGUUGGCACGGCGUCGGGAAGGAGACUGUAGCCGAAUACCUGACCCUACUACUCGGCAAGGACAAGUCGUUGCUGGUUGACGUGCGCAGCAUCGGGGGAGACGGCGAUAGCGAUAUUGAGAGCGGAGACCGACCCGGAACCCGCAAAGCCAAACACUCAUACAAACGCAGGCCCAGACCGCUUUUGACCCCCGAACACCCACGCUAUUUCUCGUUCGACCUCUUUCUGGACACAGAUACCGCUCUCGAUGUCAACCACCCCCUUAACUCAGACUCAAACCCAAUCAGCCCUUCGUUGCCGUCCUCGGUAUCGUCCUUCUCGUCCCCAAGUUAUGCCUUUUCGUCGUCCGCUUCCUCCCGCUCGGCUUCCAUCUCCUCCAACACCACCGUCUCAACCACUACCUCAGCCAUAGCUACAGCCGACUUUUGCCCCCCGUAUCUCUCACCCAACAUCCCAUUCCCAGCCGCAGCCCCAACCCCAACUCCGACAUCGACGUCAACAACCGCCCUAACCCAGCUUCUGACCCUGCCAGAGAACGCCGCGCGCACCGCAGUCCUGGCAGCCUGCUGUCCGGACACGCCCACGGGCCGUGCAACGCUACGCACGUUUGAGACGGCAGCGGAGCGCGCGGGGCGUCUGUUUGUGUUCGUCGUGCUGAGCGGCGAGCGCCAUGAGCACGGCGUGAACUCUAUUCAGCGCAGGCAGACCGUUGUUACCGGUUCCAUUGGCCAUACUGUAGACCAGGCCUUGGCUGCGUAUGGGAAUAGGUACGGGUGCCGGUACGGCUGUGGGUUUGGAGCGAGGCGGGGGAGUGAGCCGGUUGUUCGGCUUCCGGAGGCUUCCAUGCCAGGGACGUCUAGUGCCGGACCGAUGGAGCAGGAGGUGAUGCCGACGAGCCCUAGUUUGCCCUCCGGUCUCCCUGCGGCGGAGGGAGUUGCUGCCGUUGGAGGAAGCGGUUGGGUGCUUGGGCGGCGAGAGGGAGGGAUUGGACUGGCGGCGCCCGCGCGUGCGGCUGGGUCGCUGACGGUGGACGUGACAUCAGUUUCGGUCUUUGAGGCGGCGCUGCAGAUUGUGGGGUUUGUCAAAGGACUGGAGGCCGAAAGGGAUGCCGAGUUGUGCAGCACCGCGGGUGGAAGCACGGCCACCACCCCCCACGUGGAUGUGGAGGAUGGAAAAACGUUGGACGUGGAUGCGAGAGGGGGUUAAGAUAUAUUCUUAACCGCCCCGUACUCGGGGCAAGCUACCAGCAGGGUUGUCUCAACUCCUCUUCCCGAAGUGAAUGGUGGCCCCCUCCCCCCUUCAGAUGAUUAGGUAGCGGCACGUGCCACACGGCAAGCAAGACGACACGUUUCUCUCGUCCUAGCCCAA